GAUUGCGUUGAUCAUGAAGAAGAACUGGAAAAAGAAAAGACUGUGAAAAUGGAGUCGUCAAGUGGAAGUAAGCACGAGAAUGUGGCUCGCGAUGAGUCGAUUGUUGAAGAAAUUAAUGCGCGAGUUGAUGAGCAUUGUCCUCUUGCAAUUGAGGAGGAUUGUUCGGUGCAACACACCAACGUGCAUGGAAGUGAAAGCGAAUGCGACACAUCGCAUACCUCAACGGCAUUCAAUGAGGAACGUGCAGAAAGCGACGAUCGUGAUGUUUCGUAG